AAUGCUGAAAUCGGCAAAGGAAAGUUUUUGUAUUUAGCAAUGAUGAAAGCAUUCCACACGAAGAGUCGUUACUCAAGUACAAGGGCGCUGUUGAUUCUUCUUCUCACAAACUCUGGAAGGGUCUUUUGUGGAAGUGAUCUGCUGACCAAGUUUUUUACCGGGUACGACAAAGCAAUCAGACCAAACUUCGAUAAAGGGACACCUUUAACUGUCUCGGUUGACUUGUAUGUGGAAGCUUUUGGAAACAUCAAAGAGGCCAACAUGGAAUAUUUGAUAUACGGCUAUUUUCGCCAAAGAUGGAAAGACUCACGCCUAGCUGGAAGGCUUAAUUACACCCUAACCAUAAACGGAGCUGACAUUGACAGAAUUUGGGUACCAGAUCCCUAUUGUUACAACGCCCGCGAGUCAAAUAUGAUGAUGUUAGAUACGCAGCUGCAUAGCAGGAUAUCUGUUGAACCCAACGGUGACGUGUUGUAUAGCAAAGGAGUGACGCUAUUAGCCUCUUGCGACAUGAAUCUGCGGAAUUUUCCUCUGGACUCCCAAAGUUGCUGUCUGAAAUUCGGAAGCUAUGGAUACAGCACAGAUCAUAUUCAUUUUGAAUGGGGACCUGCAGGUGUUUCUGUUGGAAAUAACGAAAUGGCCCAGUUUGAGUACAUAGGCAACAAACUUUCCUCGGGCAUAGACGAGUAUAGCGUUGGGAAUUUUUCGACGGUCACAGUCAAGUUUACAUUUGAGCGACGAGUUGGUUACUACAUAAUUCAAGUGUAUCUUCCCGACGUUUUGGUUGUGGCUCUGAGCUGGAUUGUUUUUUGGAUGGACAAGAAAGAAAUGGGGGACAGAAUGGCUUUAGGAAUCACAACCAUAUUAACCAUCAUGUUUCUUCUUGGUUCUCUUAAUGCGACCAUGCCUCGAGUCAGUUACCCAAAAGCUUUGGACUGGUAUUUGCUGGUUUCCUUCACGUUUGUGUUUCUGUCGCUAAUUGAAUGUAUGGUCGUGUUUAUACUUACCUUGAGGUCUGGCAAUGACAAGGAUAAAUCAAAAUAUAAGUUGAGUUCAAUUCCUUUAUCAACAUUGGAUAUCAGUGAGCUGAGGCUGCCUCCGCUUGAAAAUUGUGUUAACAGAAACAAAAAAGUGAAUAUCAAUGGCGAAGCUCACAUGCUGUGUUCUUCAGAAAAGAAGGACGGAAUGAUUAAAGAUGAUAGGCUGCCCAGAUAUAAGAUUGACAGCAGUUGCGAGACAACAGCCGCUGAUCGCGUUGAUCGGGCUUCUCGAUUUUUGUUUCCAGUGUUUUUUGUAAUUUAUAAUAUCGUUUACUGGGCUGUAUACGCCCUUCCUGGAAAGAAACUUGAGUAAGCAUCACAGGAAAAAAAGUGAAACGAAACCAGCCAUAUCAACGAAUAAGCAGACGGUUCAUGCAUAAAAUGUGAAAUAUGUUGAUUUUGUUUAAACUGCCGCAUCAAUGAUUAAUUUCGGAUUCCUUUACCUGGCUGAGAAGCAUGCAGAUUGAAAUCAAUGUGACAAGCACACGUGCCGAAGCAUUUAGGUUCUAAGUGAAAUAUUUUAUUCAAAGAUUUUUUUUGUUAAGAAUGCUUUGAAGUAAGUUUCAGGCGCUAGAAGAGAAACUCUACUGAUAAACGCGUUGCUAAAAAAGGAAGACAGGUAGCAUCAAGUCGACCAUAAAUCACAAGUACUUACAUGCAAUAAACAAACUUGCCCAUAAAGACAUAUAAAUAAGGUGGAAGACAAUUUUACAAUGACAUCCACAACUAAACGUUUCGAAAAAGAAUUAAGGAAAAUAAAAUG